GAUGAGUAAUUCAUCUUCAAAUUUACCUAGAGUUGCUAAGGUUAAAAAUAAACAACCCGCACCGCAACAAAUUACGGCUGAACAAAUUUUACGUGAUGCGAAAGAACGAAUUGUCGAGGAACCAAAACGUCCGAAACAAAGUAUAACUGACCCGAAGGAGCUCGAAGAGUACAGACGUGAAAAACGUAAAGGUUAUGAAGAUGCACUUCGCCGAAAUAGAACUGUGGUUGGCAACUGGCUUAAGUAUGCGAGAUUUGAAGAAUCUCAAAAUCAACUAACACGAGCGAGAUCCGUUUACGAACGAGCGAUUGACGCAAAUCACCGCAAUGUGACGAUCUGGAUGAAAUAUAGCGAAAUGGAAUUGCGCAAUAGAAAUAUUAAUCACGCGAGAAACAUAUUUGAUCGUUGCGUUUCGAUAAUGCCACGUGUUGACCAGUUUUGGUACAAGUAUGCAUACGUUGAAGAACUCCUCGGUAACGUUGGCGGCGCUCGUCAAGUCUUUGAAAGAUGGAUGGAGUGGGAACCAGGAGAGCAAGCAUGGCUUUCUUAUAUAAAAAUGGAACUUCGUUAUCGCGAAACUGAACGUGCCAGACAAAUAUAUGAAAGAUUUAUUAUUGUUCAUCCGGAAGUCAAGAAUUGGAUAAAAUAUGCAAAGUUUGAAUAUAGGCAUAUGCUUAAGGCUCGAAAUAUAUAUGAACGUGCUGUUGAUUUUUUCGGAAAGGACUUCUGCAAUGAAGAUUUAUUCAUUGCAUUUGCUGAAUUCGAAGAAAAAUGCAACGAGUUUGAAAGAGCACGCGCCAUAUACAAAUACGCCCUAGAAUUUUUAGAUAAGCUUACCGCACCAAAACUUUUCAGUUUAUAUAGCGCUUUUGAGAAAAAGUUUGGUGAUCGCGCUGGAAUUGAGGAUAUUUUACUAUCGAAAAAGCGAAUGACUUAUGAAAAAGAAGUUCUAGAGAAUGGAAGAAACUAUGAUGCCUGGUUUGAUUAUGCAAAGUUGGAAGAAAGUUACGGCGAUUUGGCAAAAAUACGAACUGUGUACGAGCGUGCCAUAUCCAACAUUCCUCCGGAGCCGGAAAAAAGAUAUUGGCGGCGAUAUAUUUAUUUAUGGAUUUAUUAUGCGGUUUUCGAAGAGCUCGUCGCAAAAGAUAUUGAGCGCACGAGAGAUGUGUACAACGCGGCUUUAAAAAUUGUUCCGUCAAAAAAUUUUACAUUUGGGAAACUUUGGCUCUUAUUGGCUCAUUUUGAAGUGCGCCAGAAAAAUAUUGAGAAAGCGCGUAAGAUUCUUGGCCACGCCAUUGGCCUCUGCCCAAAGGAUAAAGUUUUUAAAGGCUACAUUGAAUUAGAAUCCAACUUAAGGUGCUUUGAUCGUUGCAGAGUUAUUUAUGAAAAAUAUCUCGAGUUCAACCCAGCAAACUGCACCACGUGGAUUAGCUUUGCUAAAAUGGAGGCCGAGCUUGGCGACUACGAGCGCGCAAAAGGAUUAUAUGAGUUGGCUAUUAACCAGGAAGUUUUGGACAUGCCGGAGUUAUUGUGGAAGGCUUAUAUCGACUUUGAAUACGAGGAAGAAAAUUACAAGGAAACUCGAAAUUUGUAUAAGAAAUUAUUAAAAAGAACACAACACGUGAAAGUAUGGAUAUCUUAUGCAAAGUUCGAGGCUUCCUUAACAGAUGGCCAAGCUCAAGUUCGAGCCCGUUCAGUAUUUGAACAAGCUCAUCAAUGCAUGAAAGAAAAUGAGCUUAAAGAGGAACGCUUAUUGGUGCUCGAAUCGUGGCUGGAGUUCGAAAAGGGAACUAACGAUUUGGAUCGAAUUAAAGCACUUCAAGAAAUGAUGCCUAAAAAAUUAAAAAAACAGCGACUUAUUGAUCCCAACGAUCCUUCGGCUGGAUUGGAAGAAUAUUAUGACCUUUUAUUUCCGGACGCUAAAAGUAAAGCAUCGAACUUUAUUCAUAUGGCUCAUUUGUGGAAGCAAAAACAAUUGGAACAGACCAAUCAGCUUCAAAGUCAAUAG